AUGGUUGGAUUUGCACCUCCUGGAUACGGUUGGAUUUACACCUCCUGGAUACGAUCUCUUCAAGGUUCGGCCAUAUAUAAUCUCUUCAAGGUUCGGCCAUAUAAAUAUAUCUUCAAGGUUCGGCCAUAUAAAGAUCUCUUCAAGGUUCGGCCCUAUAAAGAUCUCUUCAAGGUUCGGCCCUAUAAAGAUCUCUUCAAGGUUCGGCCAUAUAAAGAUCUCUUCAAGGUUCGGCCAUAUAAAGAUUUCUUCAAGGUUCGGCCAUAUAAAGAUCUCUUCAAGGUUCGGCCAUAUAAAGAUCUCUUCAAGGUUCGGCCAUAUAAAGAUCUCUUCAAGGUUCGGCCAUAUAAAGAUCUCUUCAAGGUUCGGCCAUAUAAAGAUCUCUUCAAGGUUCGGCCAUAUAAAGAUCUCUUCAAGGUUCGGCCAUAUAAAUAUCUCUUCAAGGUUCGGCCCUAUAAAGAUCUCUUCAAGGUUCGGCCCUAUAAAGAUCUCUUCAAGGUUCGGCCCUAUAAAGAUCUCUUCAAGGUUCGGCCCUAUAAAGAUCUCUUCAAGGUUCGGCCAUAUAAAGAUCUCUUCAAGGUUCGGCCCUAUAAAGAUCUCUUCAAGGUUCGGCCAUAUAAAGAUCUCUUCAAGGUUCGGCCAUAUAAAGAUCUCUUCAAGGUUCGGCCAUAUAAAGAUCUCUUCAAGGUUCGGCCAUAUAAAGAUCUCUUCAAGGUUCGGCCAUAUAAAGAUCUCUUCAAGGUUCGGCCAUAUAAAGAUCUCUUCAAGGUUCGGCCAUAUAAAGAUCUCUUCAAGGUUCGGCCAUAUAAAGAUCUCUUCAAGGUUCGGCCAUAUAAAGAUCUCUUCAAGGUUCGGCCAUAUAAAGAUCUCUUCAAGGUUCGGCCAUAUAAAGAUCUCUUCAAGGUUCGGCCAUAUAAAGAUCUCUUCAAGGUUCGGCCAUAUAAAGAUCUCUUCAAGGUUCGGCCCUAUAAAGAUCUCUUCAAGGUUCGGCCAUAUAAAGAUCUCUUCAAGGUUCGGCCAUAUAAAGAUCUCUUCAAGGUUCGGCCAUAUAAAGAUCUCUUCAAGGUUCGGCCCUAUAAAAGGACAAACAUACUGGAGUACCAAGCUACUUCCUGGUUCCAAUCACUCCAAUCGGCCCGGCUAGCUGGUCCCCUGUGUGUUGCCAUGACCACCAGCGGGCCGCUCGCCGUGCUGUGA